AUGUCAGCCGAUUAUUUACUGCAGGUCUUUUCUCUCACCGGCAAGACUGCCAUCUUAACCGGUGCUACUGGCGGCCUGGGGACCUCUCUAGCUCUCGCCCUGGCCAAAGCAGGCGCCUCGAUUGUCUCGAUCGAGAUUCCCGAUGACCCAAAUUCUGAUACCUUGAAAAAGACCAUCUCAGAAGAGGCAGGUAGUUCCGUCCGCAGCUUCACAUGCGAUCUGGCCAGGACGGCAGAUCUAAGAGCCUGCUACGCUUCUAUCUGGGAGGCAGGCAUCAUUCCAGAUAUUCUAGUCAACUGUGCAGGUGUCGUUCGCCGGAAUGCUUGUGAAGAUGCGACAGAUGACGACCUGGAUCUGUUAAUUUCAGUAAACAUGAAAGCAACUUACGCCUCGUGUCAAGAAUUCGGGCGAAAACUUCUAGAAUUGAAUCGCCCGGGGAAAAUAAUCAACAUUGCGUCUGUAACGGCAUUCCAGGCAAACAAGUUCACCAGUGUUUAUGCAGCCACUAAGGGGGCCGUUGUCCAGAUGACAAAGGCAUUCAGCAACGAAUGGGCCAGUAAAGGCAUUCAAGUCAACUGUAUAAGUCCGGGCUACAUGAUAACUCCAAUGACAGCUGUUUACGCCAAAGACGAAGCUAUAAACUCAUCCUUGAUGAGUCGAGUCCCAGCAGGACGGUGGGGUAUUCCCACGGAUUUAGAGCCUGCUGUGCUGUUCCUUGCAUCUCCAGCAAAUACAUUUACUACCGGAACGUCCGUGACUGUCGACGGGGGUUAUUGUGGGAAGUAA